AUGUGGGAUCAAUUCGGCCCACUGUCGGGCACGAUUUAUGCAGUGAUCGGCGCCUCGCUUUUCGUCUUCUUUUCAGUGUGGCGGCGAAGGAAAGCGAUCGAACCACCGAUGGGUGCCUCGAUCCAGCGACAAUCUCUUCCUCUACGGCUGAACUUCGAGCGGCAAUCCAUUGAACUCGAGGGUCAACCGGGUGUAUUCAAGUGUGGUUAUUUGACGGAUGAUCAUGUGGAAACGGUGGAAACGGCCUAUCCAGAAGUGCACACGCUCUACGAUGUUUUCUUGCGAGGAAUCGAUAAAUCUGAAAAUGGUGAUUGUUUGGGUCGUCGACACGGCGAUGGACCGUACAAGUGGAUCCCCUACUCGGAUGUGUUCCGCCAAUCGAGAGACAUCGGCGCCGCCCUCAUCACCAAGCUCGGCUUAAAACCCGGAAAUGAGACCAACGUCGGAAUCUACGCGAGAAAUUCCCCGGAAUGGUUUGUCACCGCACUUGGAUGCAUUCAGCACUCGAUCGUCGUUGUUCCACUUUAUGACACUCUUGGAGCCGAGGCAGCCAGCUAUAUUAUUCAACAAGCCGAUAUUGAAGUCAUCAUCGUUGACAAUUUGGACAAAGUGAAGAAAUUGUUGGAGUCGGGCGAAUCGAUUCCAUCGUUGAAACAUGUGGUCGUCAUCGAUCCCAUCAAACAAGAGGACCUUCCCAAGCAAGACGAUGUCACGGUCUACACUUUCCAAGAAGUGCUCGGCUUCGGGCAACUCAAUUCUCAACCAAUGCACUUGCCAACGAAAAAGGAUACCUAUAUUAUUUGCUACACCUCUGGAACAACGGGAACACCAAAAGGAGUGGUGCUCUCUCAUCAAAAUGUUGUCGCCAACUUGGCCGCUUUUGAGCUGAUGGUCGGAAAUUUCCUUGAGCAGAAAAUUGGGAAAGGAGAUACGAUUAUCUCUUAUCUUCCUUUAUCGCACAUGUUCGAGCAAGUUUGUCAUUGGGCGAUGAUGCAAACGGGCGCCCGAAUCGGAUAUUUCAGAGGAAACAUCAAUCAACUAAACGACGAUCUCCAAGCUCUUCACCCAACAAUUUUCCCUGUCGUUCCUCGACUUCUCAAUCGAUUCUAUGAUGCCAUUCAAGCAAAUCUUCGAAAAACUGGCGCUGUUGGGAAAGCUUUCUUCAACUUUGCCUAUUCACGCAAGUUGGCCAUGCUCAAGAACGGAAUCUCGACUCGUGACUCGAUUUGGGACAAAAUGAUUUUCAAGAAAAUUCAGGAUCAAAUUGGAGGCAGUGUUCGCUUGAUGGCCACCGGAUCAGCACCGAUCUCGGCUGAGGUGUUGGAGACUUGCCGUGUUGCGCUUGGAGCUAUAAUCUUUGAAGGAUACGGACAAACUGAGUGCACCGCUUUGGCGACGAACACCUGGCCUGGCGAGUUCGAGGGAGGACACACUGGAGGACCAGCUCCUUGCACUCUAAUCAAACUCGAGGAUGUACCUGAGCUCAACUAUUUUGCAGCUGAAAGGAAAGGAGAGGUCUUGAUCAAAGGCCCACAUGUCACUACCGGAUACUACAAAGAGCCCGAGAAAACCGCCGAAAUUAUCGAUGCUGAUGGAUUCUUGCACACUGGAGAUAUUGGAUACUUGCGACCGAAUGGAACCCUAAAAAUUAUUGACAGAAAGAAGCACAUCUUCAAACUCGCUCAGGGUGAAUACGUGGCUCCGGAGAAAAUCGAGAACGUUUACACAAGAGUCGGCUGUGUGCAACAAGUCUUCGUCGAUGGAGAUUCUCUUGAGAGAUACUUGAUUGCGGUGGUUGUUCCCGAGACAAAGCCACUCCUCGAGUGGGAUGGCCGAAAGAGAAACAUUCAGGAGAUUUGUAAAGAUCCAAAGGCGGCCGAGUUCGUGCUGAAGGAGUUGGUGAAAAUCGGUAAAGAGAACAAACUGAACUCGAUUGAACAGGUGAAGCACGUGGUCCUAGAAGCGGAUCCAUUCAGCGUUGAGAACGGUCUCCUCACGCCAACACUCAAAGCCAAGCGGCCGCAGCUCCGCAUCAAGUACAUGCCCCAGAUGAAAGAAAUCUACAAAAAUAAUCCCUUG